ACGUGGGCCUUCUGCCGCCGCCUUCAUCGCUGGGCUCGCAGCAAUGUGCCUCUGCCGGUGAGGCGGCCGCCGCGGCGGCGGCGGCGACCGACGGGCGGCGAUGCGGAGGAGACGGUGGAGAGGAGUGAUUCCGUUCUACUCCCGGGCAUCACUCUCCUGGAGCUUCCGUUGCUCCGGCCGGCGCUAUCAUGCCACCGGGGUUUCCGACUUUCCCUCCCAGAAGGCUUUCCCUCCCCGUCUCCGGCCAACUCUGGUCUCCGGCCAUCUCCUCGUCGGCGGGGGCAACCUAGCAGUGGACUAGCGGAAGGAUCGGAAGGCCACAUUCCCAGAGGUUUGCGGCUGUCUCUGUUAUUGGGAAUCUUUACAGCAACAGUCUUCUCACCAAUUUUGCACUGAAGAACAGACCCAUAACUACCAAUUCCAAGAAAAAUUGCAUCUCGGUCAUUGACUACACGAUGAAUCUGUGAAGGCCUGUACUCGGUGAACCUAAUCAUCUCAUAAGACCUGGAAGCUUGCUCCUCCAUCCACCAGCGAUGUUUGGUAUAAAUUGAUACUAUGGUUUCCGUUCUCCUGAGUUCUUCCCUGAGUUUCUGGUUCUCCUUGAUGGCAUUGUUCGCCCUGAAUCUCACCAAUUAUGAACAGAGAUAGAAUGAUCAGGCAAAAGAAACAAUAGUAUAUUCAGGCUGACUAACAGACCUCCAAGAUCGCCACACCUUAUGGCUUGUUGCCGAUGUUGGGAACGGCCUCUUCCAAGAACCAUGGCUCACCAAGGUUCAAACUGCCGAUCUUCGACGAUUUCGGCUGGAUGAAGCUACUGCUUAUUGGCUGCUGUGAGUACACUAUGGCUGAAUCUUCCAAGGCUUGCAGCUGGUGAAGAUUAUAAAGGCCAACUGGGGGCAAGGUUGGUCCGUUAGUGGGAUGGCUUUUCAGUGCCAACAUCUCAAAGCACCUGGGAUUUUCAAUGUUUUUUGGUGUCAUUCCAGAAAAGAUUACCAGACAAUGGUGGAUCAGUCGAUCACUGAGUUUGUAACCGAUCUUUUACAUCCAUCACUUUCAGACAAUUGUAAAGGCUAACUACUACUGUACUGGGAGGAGGCGUCGCCGUGGUGGUGGCAGAGGGAGAAUGGAGAAGGGAUUCCGAUCCAGUUCCGGGGGUCAUUCUCGCUGGAGAUGCCGUUGCUCUGGUCUGCCCUGGAGGGUUUCCUCCCAGAAGCGGCUUCUCCGGCCACCUUCCGUCGGGCAGCCUGGCUCGCUCUGGUUUGGCGGAUGGAGCAGAGGCGCAGUGUGCACUCCGCCGUGUCGCGAGUGGCCGGCGCAGAUUCCUUCUGGGCCGGCGAGCCAUCCAGACAAGGCUUUCACAGUUUCACUCAAGUACUCAACCUUGACUAUGAGAGGCACUGCUCUUCAUCGGCUUGAUGUGUGUUCACACAUCAGCUCAUCAGCUGCGAGACUCAGGCUCCUAUUGGUGAGCUUCAUCUGCAAUCUGCACGCCAGCAGCGGACUGGGCCUUGUUACUAGACUCAGACUCCUCUUCUUGAGCCUGAUCUGCGAUCUCCACGUCAGCACUGAAGGGAGUGUGGACGUUGUUGCCAGGCUCAGACUCCUCUUCUUGAGCUUCAUCUAUAAUCUCCACACCAGCAGCAGAAGUUUGGACAUUGCUGCCAGGCUCAGACUCCCCUUCUUGAGCUUCAUCUGUAAUCUCCAUGUCAGCAGCAGACUGAGCGUGGAUGUCGUUGCCAGGCUCAGGCUCGUCUUCUCGUGCUUCAUCUGCAAUCUCCACAUCUGCUUCAGCAGCUUGCUGCAGCACCUGCUCCGCUGGUUGAUUCUGCACGCCUGCUUCACGAGCUUCAAUUCCGUUUUGGGCAUCUUCCACCAUCGCAUCAUCUUCGACAUUGUGGCCACCCUGAGGUUCUUCUGCUGCAGGCUGAGGCUGAGGCUGGACGUUGGCAUCUCCAGGCGCAUCGUCCUGAUCUCGCCACAGGCUGCUCUUCUCGAUGCCGCAGUACCAGAGCAAUCCCCAGAUGAAGGUGAUGAGCUCCCCUCCGUACUCGAGGCAAAUCUUGUGUGCCUCAGCGUUCCAGCUGGGCGCAAUGUGCACGAGCAAAUCAGCCCAUACACCCGCCAGGAUUUGCCACCGCUGCUGAUCGUCUGGAAUUGUUUCAAGCAAUUGCCUUCCCAGUACCGCGCCUUUCUCUACGAUGGUCCCGUUCAGUUUUUUCAGUUCAGCAGCUUCGGGUGAGAACAACCCAUUGAGCUUGUCAUACUUUGUCAGCAAGGAGUCGCGGUCAUUCAUAAUAUCAGAAGCGCCAAGCUGUCAGGCAACAGGUCAGGCUGAAAAACCACCAAGUGCGCGCAGUAUCGUGACAAGCUGUUUGCAACAAUGUAGCUAGUCCGGAGUUGAUCAUCACCGAGAAUAUUUUCAGCAACGAGGUACGGCUGAGGAGUGCAGCAGCAGCCGCAGAGAAAAAUUUUCAGGUACGUGAAGGCGGAGCGCAGGAGCCCUGGUUUGCUCAGGUCAAUGCCCCUGUCUCGGGCGAGCUUGAUCUCGCACAUGGAGGUCGCGAUGUGCCAAACCAGAAUGACCUGGGAGCACGUGUACAGGUCAAGCAACGCCCAUCGGAAAUCCUCAAGCAAUCUCGCGGCGCUCAACGAUGGGACGUCUCGGGGAAGCUCGCGGCCGCCCAAGCCAGCGAGAUCCAUUGAGCGCAAUGCCUGAAGAAUUGCAGGUUUUACACAUUCUGGGAUCUUGAUGGCGGUGCCAGGCUUUUGCCCUUUUACCCUCUCUUUGAUGACGCCUAGAGUAGCACGGUACAUCAGGUUCCAGAGCGACGGGCUGUAAUCAAAUGACUGCAAGAAGUCGUACUGGUCGAUGUAUCCAUGCCAAGGGUCAGAAAAGAUCUUACGACUUAAAAAGGAACUUAACGUUAGAAAGGAACUUAACAGCUUCUCCAUCGUGGCGUUUCUUAUCCACCUGCAUCUGGACCGCGUAUACUCGCACACAAGGAGAAGCCUUGUCCAGUCUGAUAGCAAGUAAGUGAUCAUCUCCCAGAUCUCUUUGAACAUCAUGAAGGACAUGAACACCCAUGUGAUUGUCACCUCCACAUUAUGGCCGUGCACGACAUUGACGGGGUCCGGAAGAUCUUUCUUGACCCUAUUGACGCCCGAGGCGAGCCAGAGGGCGAGUCCCAAGGCCGCGAGAGACUGAAGAACACUCAAGGAGAGAGAAGCAAGGCCUUGCCAGAAGACGAUAGGAUAGAGGGUGUAGAAGUAGUCCUUGAGGAACGAAAUCUCCAGCUCCAUUAUCCUGAACACCCUCGCAGGGUUCUGGUCGACAUGCAAUAUUCUUGUCACUAUCAGAUUCCGCGACAUGGAGAGGCUGUCUGCGUCCAGCCUCACGUCUUCGAGCCUGCACCGGAGAAACCUCGACAUGGAAAAGGCCAGGCACAGAUCCUUGCAGUCGUCUCCGUGAACGCUGUUGGCGGACUGUAGCACCGGCCCGUCAGAUCGCCAAAUCUUGUCCAGUGUGACCAGCAAGUUUUCAUCGGUGACAUUGAGAUAGAGAGCAUAUCGAGGCCUCAGUAAUUUGAUCUUCUGCUUGGACUCGCCAUGGACCAAGUAUUUGUAUCCGUCCAUCGUUUCCGCGUUGUGGACACCGGAUGCCAAUCCUCCCCUCCCAAAGUUGUUACGCAUGUACUCUGGAAGGAGCUCUUAACUGCGGCCAUGCCACAGGGAUAACAGCGCAAGGCUCUGUGCGAUGAACCGGUACAUGGACCGCAGUAGCAGAACACACCAAAUCGACCAGAGGGGCCUCACAAACAUGGAGCCUCGGGUGCGAUUCAAGAACGCUACUCCCAGAAACUUGAUCACAUUUCCCAGCUCAGUGAUAUGUCGUACCCGGUCAGGUAUACCGUACCUGGAGAGAUAGCCGAUGCUAGCAUGAAGACUCACCAGCACAAUUGACCAGACAGGGAAGAGCUCAUUGCUGAAAGGCGCAGCUUGCAUGGUGCCCAACAGAUACAGCACUAUGCGGUCAGAGAUACGAUCGACCUUGUCCAAAGUGGACAUGGUGCCAGAGCCGCGAGACCGGGCACGGUAGAUGUCCAUGGUAAACAUCAGAAUGAACGCCACCGUAACAAACGACACCAGUGAUUCGAUGCGAAUCAAGACGUACACGUCCUCGCGCAACGUAACGAACCAGGAUGAAAUGACGGCACGAGGGUCCACCAUAUUCAGAGUUGUGUUAUUACGUUCUUCCGGGUUCCUGCACGCGGCCACAGGCAAUACUUGUAUAUAUCAACCUGGAUGUUAAUUUAGAUACUAGUAGUCCAUAACCCAUGCAUUCGUAUAUGAUGAAGGCUUAUCUACUUUGUAUCUCAGUUUUGUUGAAUUUCAGUUUAUAACUAGUAUGGCGGUCCGUACAUAUUGCCGGUUAA